CUUUUAAAAAUGAACCAACUAGAAAGAUUAUUACAUUAAUAAGGAAAAAAAGUGAAAUUGCAAGAAUAAGAGCUUGAUGAUGUGAAUAGAAGACAUUAAGAAUUGCAGACCAAAUUAAAUUAGGAGGAAGAAAAAAAUAAAAUAUUAUAAGGCAAUAUCGACAAAUUAUCAUUGAUUGAAUAUGAAUUGAGAAGACAAAUUCAAUUUGUUGAAGCACAAAGAGAUAAUUUAUUGGAGCAACUAAAAUCCUUACAUGAAUAUAAUUUCUCGAUGUUUAAUCUAUAGUAAAAAUUGACACUAUUAUUUUAGGGAAAACCAUACGUAUAACAAAUUUAGAACAGUUUAAGAGCUAAAACUCACACGAGAUGAAUUAUAAAAAUCAUAAUAGCAAUCACUAAAAUUGUAAACCGAAAAUGCUGAAUUGAUAAGUAGAGUUAAAGAGCUAAUGAAUGCCAAUGCCUCCUUAAAUGAAAAAGUACAUGUAUACCCACAAUAAUUUGAAAAUCUAAGAUAAAAGUACAUAAAAUUGUUGACAGAGAGAGAUAUUCAUAUAUAAUCACUUAGUGAGAUAAUAGAAUAGCUAAAAAUAUAGAGAUAGACAAAGGAAUAAAAGUGUGAGAAAAUCGAGUUUGAAGAAUCUGACAUAACAGAAGACACCAAUUCAAACUAAGAUGCUAUUUUAGAUGAAUAAACCUUUAAGGAUAAUCUUGAAAUAAUUAAAAUUAUGAAAAAAUCUGAUGAGGAAAAGCAAAGAACCAUCCUCUAACUCACCGAGUAAGUCUCACAAUUAUAAGCUGAGAAUUAAAAAUAGCGAUAACACUUAACAACUGAAUAGGUAAUACAACUCUAUCCUUAAGAUAUCCAAUUAUAAAUUCGCCGCCUUUAACAAUUAAGAGCAUAUAUAUCAUAAUUUACAACUAAAAUUGCUAAUUUACAAAAGAAAUAAUAAGAGAUUAAUCAAUUAAAAAAACAAAAUCUAGAUUUAGAAGAGUUAUGCAAAAAUUAGUAAGAAGAAAUAAAUCAAUGUGCAAAUAAAAAGAUAAAAUUAGAGGAAAUUUAGAAAUAAUUUGCAUAAGUACUAAAAGAGAAUUGGAUGUUAAAGGAGAAAUUAAUAGAAUUAAUAUAAGAUGAAGAAACUGUUACAGAAAUUCUUUAGAAUUUAUCUAAGGAGCUGUGUUUUGAUGAUUAUCCCUUCGAAAGUUUGGAAGAGCUUUUGAAAUGCUAUGAAAAACUUCGAAAUAAUUUGAGGAAUUAGUCGGAAUAGAGACAUAAGAGUUAACUUUGA